GCGCAAUUCAAAUUAGUUGCGGAGAAAAUAGUAAUAAUAAUAACAAUAAUAGUAAAACACUGGGAAAAGCUAUAAGACAUUCUUCUCCGGCAAAGCAUCUACCUUCGUCCAAUUUUUCCUCUUCUCUCUCCCCCUCUGCGCCCUCCCACCCCUCCCCCGACAAUACCCCCAAACCCCACAUGGAACCUCCACUUCUACCUGGCCCACCCAUUUCCACCACCAUCCCCACGGCGUCGGUAGCCGCCGGGACUCUCUCACAGCCACCACCACCGGCGGCACCAUCACAUAUCAACUACCCCAACUCAGUAGAUUCCAACAACUCCUCCUUGGACGACCACCAACAACAACCACCACACACCACAGCCACUGCCACCGGCGCCGGUGGAAAAAUCCGUCUUAUGUGUAGCUACGGCGGACACAUAAUCCCUCGUCCACACGAUAAAUCCCUUUGUUACAUUGGUGGCGAUACAAGAAUCUUCGUCACUGAUAGAAAUACUCCCCUCUCUGAUCUCUCUUCACGGCUCUCCAAAACCCUAUUAGCCGGUAGGCCGUUUUGGUUAAAGUAUCAACUUCCGAAUGAAGACCUUGAUUCCCUUAUCUCCGUUACAACAGACGAAGACCUCGAAAACAUGAUUGAUGAAUACGACCGUGUUGCGAAAGCAUCACGUAUUCGUGUUUUUCUCUUUACUAGUGAGGAGUUUGAUAAUUCGGUUGGCUCACUUUUACAAAGCUCUACAAAAUCGGAGGAUUGGUUCGUACACGCAUUGAAUGGAGCGACUUCUACUUCUACAACGACGAAUAAGGUGUUUUCUGAGUCUUCUUCGGUGAAUUGUCUUUUAGGUCUUGACGAUGAUGUUGUUGGGAAUUGUAAUGUAAAGAGUGUUGAUGGACAAUUGGAAGGAUCAUUUGUUGGUGGUACGAGGAAGAAUGAGAAAAUUAGUGGUCAAGAUGUUCAGUCGGUGCCGGAUUCACCGAUGGUGGAAACAACGUCGUCGUUCGGGUCUACUUCUUCUACGCCAUCGUUGACGAAUUUGCCUCCGAUUAAGGUUCAUGUUGAGGAGAAUCAAAGGGUUGGGGUUGAGGAACAGUUUACACAGUUAGGAGUUGGAGGUGGAAAAGUGGAGCUGAAGCAGAAGGAAGAGGAAGGGGGAUUUAUGGGUUUAACUUCACCAUCUGCUCCACCAGCUGCUCCGGUGAUUGGGACUGCGUUAUCUGUUGUUAAUCAAGUUUAUUCAGAUGAUGAGAGAUCGGACCAAGGUGUAGGAGUUGGUGUUGGUUACAGAAAUCCUGCUCAAACUCAGCCUCAGCAACAGCUACAGCAGCCUCCACACUUGCAGCCAAAGCCUGUUGUUGUUCCUUCUGAUUUGCCUUCCCCCAAUUCAGUUUCAAGUGAGAGCAGUGUGACAAAUCCUUUGUCUGGCCAAAGACAUUUCUUUUAUCAAGAAUCAGGGGGUCAAAUGCAGUCUGGGAUCAAUAGGGUUUCUCCUAAUUCGGUUGAUAUGAAGCACAGUGAUCCAAAUAAUAGGGCUCAGGUACAACAACAGCAAGUUCAGGAUGGUGGAUAUGCACUGCCAGUCCAGUAUGAUCAGCACCAACCAUUGUUGAUGCCCCAACAAUAUGUUCAUGCUAGUCAAUAUAUCCACCAUACUCCUUCAGGCCCUGUGCCAGUGACAUCUUAUUAUCCUAUAUACCCUUCACAGCAGCAAACUCAUCCUCAGCACCCUGCCCUUGAGCACCAGUACCCAGUUUACUUUGUUCAUUCUAGACCUUCGCAAGCUUACAAUUUGCCAGUGCAGCAAACAAAUUAUUGCGAGUCUUCUCAAACAAUCCCUUCUAACCAACCCCAAACACCUCCUGCACCUAGCAUGGCCGCUCCUGCAGCAGCUUACAACCAUGCUAGAAACCCUCCUGCCUCCAAACCUGAAAUGUCUGCUGGUGCAUAUAGAGCAGCAGGUGUGGCAGCUCCACAAUUGGUUCAGAUCACUUCGGGUCAGCAUCAGCAGCAAUAUGUUGGCUACUCUCAGAUUCACCAUCCCUCUCAGCCAAUUGCUCCUGCAUCAGCUGCUACUGCCAGUUAUGCAUAUGAAUUUUCUGAUCCCACACAUGCACAAAUAUACUACUCUCAGGCUCAUGCUCCUCCCCAGUUUGCUGCUCAAUUCCAAACCAUGACAUCAUCCCCUGCAGUUGGUUUACAUAAUACUUCUUCUCAGAUCCCCACAGAAAAAAAACAACCAACAAAUUAGAACUUCACCUGCCAUGAAAGGUGAGUUGCACAUGAAGAAACAAUUUUGUGGCCAUGGGUUUGAUUUAUGAUUAAUGUUUCUGUUAUAAAUGCUUGAAUUCUCAUUUGUUAUUGGUUUGUCAAAUGUAUUUGUUAUAUAGGUAUAAGGCAAUUGGGUGUUCUUUUCUUUUCUUGUGCAAUCCUUAAAGUGAUAGCGGCCUGGAUCAUACUGUAAACACUCAAACUCAUGUGAUAUCUUCCCUGUUCUAUAUAUGAAUUACGGAAUAAAUGUAAUAUAGUGAUUGAGGCUUGUA